AUAAACUGUUACCAAAUUUAGACACAGCUAUCGGCUGUCUUCGGACUAUCGUAUGUUGUAAUCAUUCUUUAUGUUACUCUUACAGGAAGCUUUUGAUAUUUUCAUUCUUGAACGACGCGUUUAAACGCCUAGACACCUCACAAGUUGAGAACCGCUUUUGUAGACAAAUCGUUGUUUUGGAACUUCGAUUUUGCGCGUAUCUCAAUCGGGGUCACUUGGACGCUUCGAUAGAAUUAACAGUUCUCAACUUUGGUCACAUUUGGUGUGGAUACAGUUCUGAACUUUGGUCCUAAUUGGAGGGAAUACUUGCUGUAACGAAUUUGGUCGGAAUCCUGUUUGGUUCAUUCAUCCCAACGAUGACUAGAACGAGAAGGAUGAAGUACAACGACGACAGUUCCCAGGACACAGACAAUUCUACUGCUGACAAUAUUAUUCCUUCAGUUUCUAAGGUGAAUUCACCUAUUCCUUUAAAUCUUGCCUUUGAUAUUGUUAAACCUAACCCCAAAGACUCAGUAGGAGACAACUAUAUAGAGACUAGAUACAGCGUAGAAGACGAAGUGGAUUCUAGGGAAAGGGAAGUAGAAAAGAUUGAGCUGGAGAUUAGAGAACUCCAACUACGCAAGCGAUUGUUAGAGCUAACUCCGAACUCUUCAAACAAAGUGAGAAGACCUAGAGAGAAUACCGAGUUGUCGGGGUCUCGAUCCGAGGAUAAAACUUCAGUAGUUACGGCAAGUCACCGAUACACCAAUGUACUUUUGAGCGAUGAAAUGCAAUUCAAAGCACAGGUAGAUAGUGUCAAGGCGUUAUGUAUGUCAGUAAGCUUACCGAAGAUAGAAAUCAUGAAAUUUGACGGGAGCCCUCUGAAAUUUUGGACGUUCAUGAAGGGAUUCAAGGUUAACAUAGCUGACAGAGUAAAUGAUGACACUCAGAAAUUAAUGUACUUGAUACACUAUUGCGAAGGUAUAGCAAAGGAUGCUAUAGAACACUGUGUUUUAUUACCAGAAAAGGAAGGUUAUACUGAGGCAAUUAAGCUUCUACAUGAACGGUUCGGCAGACCACACGACAUCGUAGAAGCCUUCUUAACAGAACUCUUAAGUGGAUCACCAUUGAAUCAAGACGACAUAACUGGCCUACAGAAACUGACAAGACUCAUGACUAAUUGUAAGAUAGCCUUGUCACAGAUGGGCAGGAAUGACGAUCUGAAUUGUUCGACCAACAUAAAACGAAUAGUGAAACAGCUACCACGUAGUAUGCAGUUUAAAUGGGCGGAGGCCGCGGACGAUAUUUUAAGAAAGGGGCUAGAGCCCAAUUUCGAUGAUUUAUUGCAAUUCUUAGAAAAGAAAGUGUCAAUCGCAACAAACACAUACGGACAGUUAGCAAGCGGAAGCUAUAAAACUCAAACGAUAUCGAACAAUCGGUCGGCUUCCAUAAGAGCUAAGAUCCAUACUUCGUCGAUUAAAGGGACAGUCCACUGUGUAAUUUGCUCGGAGGCCCACGAAGUCGCGUCUUGCCCUCAGCUACUGGAAGUAAGUCAUAACGAAAAAUUAGAAUUGCUGAAGAAGUUUAAACUUUGCUUCAAUUGUUUAAAACCCAAUCAUCGAGCCACAGACUGUAGACAACCCGUGUUGUGUGAAAUUGAUGGAUGCAAGCGACGCCAUCAUAGAAUUCUUCACAACACAGAACCUGAUGCUAAACAAGCAUGUUGUAACUCUACUCAUACUACUGGAACGUAUUUAGGCUUUGUACCAGUCAGGCUACAUGGUCCCACAGGUUAUGUGGAUACCUAUGCAUUGUUAGAUAAUGGCUCAGACUCGACAUUACUGCUUAGUGACGUGGCAAAGCAGGUAGGAAUUUCUGGUACAGUGACAAGAUUAAACAUAUUUUCAGUAAUUGGAGCGUCAUCUCAGAACGCUGAACUUACCAAUUUCGAAAUUGAGUCUUUAGAUAAGACCAGCCGAAUAAAAAUCGAAGGUGCAUAUACUAUAGAUAACUUACCUAUUAAAAGAGCAGAAAUCCCACCAACGGACUUCCAAGAAAGAUGGAAACACUUGAAAGGUGUACAACUACCUACCAUUGCCUGUGACAAGGUUGGUUUGUUACUUGGUGUUGACGUUCCAGAGGUCCACUGGGUACUCGAUCAGCGCAUCGGAAAACCUAAACAACCCUAUGCUUCACUAACCAUGUUAGGGUGGGCCUUAUUUGGACCAACGGGUCAACUUAAUAAAACUUCAGUCUUCAUGAACUGUCUAAAAGCAAAAAAUUCCUUGGAGGAGGAUAUUCUCAAAUUAUUUGAACAUGAAUUUUCUGAAAAUAAGUACUCUGAUAAGGUUACCAUGUCCCUAUGUGAUAAGACCAUUAUGGAGAUUACUGACAAACAAACAGUAUUGCUCGAUGGACAUUAUCAAGUGCCGAUACCCUGGAAGGUGGAUUGGCACUCACUUCCAAGGAAUAAGCGCGAAAUAGAAAAACGAUUAAUUUACCUACGUAAAAGGUUGCUAAAAGACGAACAGCUCCGGAAACAGUAUACUAUUAUAUUAGCUACCCACGAAAGUAAAGGAUAUUUGUCUCGAGUAACUCAAGCUAUCGAAGAAGAAAGGUAUUUUAUUCCACAUCAUCCCGUAUUUAACCCUAAAAAACCAGGUAAAGUUCGGAUAGUCUUUGAUUGUGCUGCUAAGUUACAAAACAGGUCCCUAAAUGAUUGUAUAUAUUCUGGACCAGAUCUUACAAACGACCUAGUGGGAGUUUUGCUUAGAUUCAGAAAGCAUAAGAUUGGAUUGUCAGCAGACAUUGAAGAAAUGUUCCUCCAGGUACAUCUACCCGAAAAGGAUACAAAGGCCUUCAGCUUCUUAUGGUAUCCCGAUGGCAAUCUUGAUUCUCCUCCUGAGGUCUAUGAGUUGCAUGUACACCCUUUCGGGGCUACGUCCUCGCCAUUUUGCGCUACCUAUGCUUUAAGACGUACAGCUACAGACCACCGAGAUUUGUUUGAUGAAAAAACCCAGUCCACCUUACGAGAAAAUUUUUAUGUAGACGAUUGUCUAGUCUCAGUAGAAACAAUACCAGAAGCUGCCGAGUUAGCAAAUAACCUAAUAAGACUCGUUGCGCUUGGAGGUUUUCGUUUACAUAAAUGGGUUAGUAACGUAAAUGAAGCGCUGAAUGACGUCCCUAUAGGUGAUAGAUCAAACAAUUUGGUUCGUAUACCAGGUUCAACAGAACGUAUACAGAGAACUUUAGGACUUUGUUGGCACACGCAAUCCGAUUGUUUUGCAUUCGACGUAAAUCUUCCCGAACGCCCGAUCACUAAGAGAGGCAUUCUAUCAUGUGCAUCAUCGUUAUAUAAUCCGCUUGGAUUUCUAGCGCCUUUAUCACUUACCCCUAAACGAAUUCUGCAACAGCUAUGUCGUAAAAACUAUGGGUGGGAUGAGAUGAUAGAUGAAGAGUCACGAUUGAGUUGGGAAGGUUGUUUAGAAGCAAAGAGUUCUAUCCAGGACGGACCCACUCCACCCUCUUCUUUGACCACAGUAGCGCCUGAAAACCCUUCAAAUCGCUUGUUGCCGUUUAUAGACGAUCCUGAUUUAUGCCUUAAACACUCUCCUGAUGUGUCACUCUUAGUCGAUGAUGAUGAUGUACGCUCACUCAUAGUAACAGCAACCGCUGUUGAGACUGAAGAUUCCAGGGUUCAUCGAAGUUUACCGUCAGUUCGUUUUUCUGGAUUUGACACUCCACCUGAUUCAAGAAGUAACGGACUUAUAUAUACCUUUGACUCUGUAUCUAAAGCGACAGACGAGAAUCUAAUGGAUUUAGAACAAGUUAUUUCAUCACCAGCUGUUGACGAUGAGUACCUUCUAAAAACUGUCAACGAUAGUCACGUCGAUACAGUAGUGAAUAUUGACCUUAGAUGUAUUUCUCCUCCAGACAAAAUUCUUCCAACAGAUAGCGGCGAGUUAAUGUCAUCGAAAACAUCUGUUAUGUUCUCUGCCGAAACAGAUCUCCCUAGUGUUUCUGGCGUGAACGAUAGUGCUAAGUCUGUGAUACUACUACACGAGUCAUCAAUUAGUUGCAAAGCAACAACUCAGUUCUCUGAAAAUACGAAACUUGUAUCUCCUGUAGUGGCGUCUGCUAAGAGUUCUAUUGACAUCAAGCGUGAAACAGAGAAUCAGAAAGAUGAUUGUUUUAUUCAGUAUGAUGAUAAGAAGUUUAAGACAACUGUAUCCAUGUCUCCUUUAGUUGGGUUAGACAAGCAGAUACAACAUCCGUUACCAGACUUUAAGGAUAGUAGAGUAGCCGAAGAAAUGACUCAUCGGAACAUAGAAUGGCACCAUAACACUCCCUACGCAAAUCAUCAUCGAGUAUGGGAAAAAUUAAUAGGAAGCAUACGUAGACUUUCGAGCGCAGUAUCUAUGUCCUACGAGACACUCACCACCUGUUUGACUGAAGCAGAGAGAAUACCUAAUGAUAGACCACUCUUACAGACGCGAACGAAAUGGACACAAGGAAGACGAGAUUUACAAGUUCGCGGUCCAGUCUUGAUUAUUGGAGACACUGGUGCACGAAAUAACUGGCCUAAAGGCCUCGUGGUAAGUUUUGAUCCAGGAGGAGAUGGUCUAUGGAACCAAGCGAAGAUCAGAACGUGGAAGGGUACAAUUAUUAGAGGCAUAUGUAAAAUUUGUUUAUAAGAAGGAGCUGAUGACCGAAAAGUAGAGGAUAGAGAGACUUUUCAGAGUGACUGUGGCUAGAGUAAAUCGUACCAUUGUCACCUCUGAAUGUUUUUACGUUAAUACCUAAUCAGCGAAAGUAAGGAAAGACAUGCUGUCUUUGGGGGGCGGUGUUAAGUUUGUUUUACAUUGUUCCUAUAUGUUCCUUUUCUACUCUUUUGUAUGUUGUUUUAUACUACUUAUUUACAUUCAGUAGGCCGCUGUAUACCCAACAAUUUUCACACUUAUGUUGUAACUCAAGUUGUACUGUAACAUUCUGGAAUGUUCACAUAUAUCUUUAAUGUUUAUCUUACUUAUAAUUGUAUUUAUCAUUAUAAUCACUGUAAUUUAAUUACUGUAAAGGUUAUCCACAGUUUUAUGCAUUUGUUUGAAUGCAACAGUUUCCAUAUUGUUUGCUCUUGGUUCGAGUUUCGGUUGUUCAUAAACUGUUACCAAAUUUAGACACAGCUAUCGGCUGUCUUCGGACUAUCGUAUGUUGUAAUCAUUCUUUAUGUUACUCUUACAGGAAGCUUUUGAUAUUUUCAUUCUUGAACGACGCGUUUAAACGCCUAGACACCUCACAAGUUGAGGUUUGUAACUAAAUUUUGUGCAUUAUUUAAUAAAGAACCGCUUUUGUAGACA